ACCACCUGCAUCAACCAUGGCUAUGGUAAACGCCGCCAAGAUCCUUUCUCAGAAGACCUAUCAAGUCCCAGGGAAGCUUAAGAUCACCGAGCACUUCUUUGAAGUCCCACGCGAUUACAGCAAUCCCUCAUCAGGUCCCCUCCAGCUGUUCGCUCGCAGCUGUCAGAAACAUGAGAAACCAGCCUCUGGCCCGGACCCCGAAGCCGACAAGAAGAGCGCUCAGCUCCCGUGGCUAGUGUACCUCCAAGGCGGUCCCGGUUUCGAGUGCGGCUCUCCGCAAAACAGCGCCUGGACGAAUGCUGUCCUCGACAAAGGCUAUCAAGUCCUAUGUCUUGACCAACGUGGGACAGGCCUAAGCAGUCCGCUUUGCGCGUCCUCCCUUGGCCUUAGAGGCGAUGAGAACGUCCAGGCUAAGUACAUGAAGUCGUUUCGCGCGGACAGUAUCGUCAAAGAUUGCGAAGCCAUACGCAAGGCGUUGACGAAAGACUUCGAGGGGGGUGAAGAGAAGAAGAAGUGGACUGUCAUGGGCCAGAGCUUUGGCGGGUUCUGUGCUGUCACGUACUUGAGUUUCUUCCCUGAGGGACUGCGAGAGGUGUUCCUGUUUGGUGGACUGCCGCCUAUGGUGGAUAAGCCAGAUGAGGUGUAUAAGAGGCUGUACAAGAGAGUCACGGAGCGGAAUGAGGCGUAUUAUCGGAAGUAUCCGGAGGAUGUGAAGCGCGUGAAGGCGAUUGUCAAGUUGCUGCAAAGGUUUGGUGACAGUACGGUCAGAACUCCGAGUGGUGGAAGCUUGAGCGCGAGGAGGUUUCAGAAAAUGGGGCUACUGUUUGGACGUCAUGGUGGAAUUGACGGAGUCCAUGAAAUCGUACUCCGCGCGUCCACCGAUCUCGACCAGGUCGGACACCUAACGCGUGGGACCGUCUCCGCAAUUGAGCAGACUGAUUCCUUCGACGACAACAUCAUCUACUCUAUGCUACAUGAGCCAGUAUACUGUCAGGGACAACCGUCCAACUGGUCCGCCGAACGUCUCUUGCCCGCAUUCCCUCAAUUCGCGCUCACGACCCCCGGCCCCAUUCACUUCACUGGCGAAAUGAUCUAUCCGUUCAUGUUCGACACGUACGCUGAGCUGGCCAAACUCUCUCACGUCGCACAUAAGCUCGCCGCUGAUCCGGACUGGCCUGCACUCUACGACUUGGACCAGCUCGCGAAGAACGAGGUUCCGGUAUACGCGGCGGUGUACUUGAACGACAUGUACGUUGAUUAUGAUCUGAGCGUUGAUACAGCAAGCAGGAUCAAGGGAUGUGAGACCUUUGUGACGAAUGCGCUGUACCACAACGCGGUGCGGGCGAAGGUGGAUGAUGUGUUGAAGGGAGUGUGGGCGUUGAGGGAUGAUGUGAUCGAUUAGGCGGGGUUCUUUACUUCUGUAGAAGUCAAGCUAACGGAAAAUAAGGCUUGAAGCUUUAUCAGUUCCAAUCAAGGCUAUAUAAAAAGCAUCAAGUAGUACCUGUACCUUACUGGUGGAAAGUCUGUGCUGUCAUUCGCUGGGCAAAACUCAUCAGCCGCAGGAGGCUUGGCUUGCACAGCCACUUGUACGUGGAACUGCGGACAGCGGACAAGCAAGGCUGCAAGGCAACCAUACUUCACGCUUGAAGGACCUUCUCCCAUUCCCAUCUCAACAUCAACA